CUCUCUCUCACUUUGAUAGUCAACUUUGAAUUUUGGUCGCGAGCCGUCAACAUUGUAAGCUUCACUCUCAGGUAGCAGAGGAUACUGGAAGGUGGAAUCCGAAAUGGUUGAUCAAAUAAGACAUAUGUGCGUUGGAAUCAAUCAAAUCCUCGAGCAGAUACAUGGGUUUUCAAGAAGAUGUUUGUUCCGGGUCAUAUCUAUGGGUCCUUUACCCAUUCAUCUCGCCUUUAUCAUGGAUGGAAACCGAAGGUACGCAAAGAAGCAAGAUCUAGAAGACGGGUCUGGUCACAAAGCCGGGUUCUCUGCGCUCAUGGCGAUGCUACAGUACUGCUACGAGCUGGGCAUCAAGUAUGUAACUGUAUACGCAUUUAGCAUAGAUAACUUUAGAAGAAAGCCUGAGGAGGUUCGGUCUCUAAUGGAUUUGAUGCUGGAGAAGAUCAAGUCUCUGCUUGAUAAAGAGAGUAUAGUGCAUGAAUACGGGAUACGUGUAUAUUUUAUCGGUAACUUGGCGCUUUUAAGUGACCAAGUGAGAGUUGCUGCAGAAGAAGUCAUGCAGGCCACUGCUGAGAAUAGUCGUGUAGGGCUUCUUGUCUGCGUUGCUUAUAACUCUACAGAUGAGAUCGUACAAGCUGUCAAGAAAUCUUGUGUGACAAAGUUAGAUAGGGACAUGGAGACAAUACAGUUGGUGGAUAUUGAGGAGAAUAUGCAGAUGAGCGUGGCGCCGGAUCCUGAUAUACUGAUCCGAAGUUCAGGAGAGACGAGGCUGAGUAACUUUCUUUUAUGGCAGACUGGUAGCUCUCAGCUUUUCUCUCCUGAUGCUCUGUGGCCUGAGAUUGGCCUUAGGCAUUUGGUCUGGGCUAUAUUGAACUUCCAGAAAAGUCAUUCAUACUUUGAGAAGAAGAAGAAGAAACAGAUGUGAUUGUACUCAUCUUUUGUUUUGUAUUUUUUUUUAGUGAUGUGUUGUUCAUGUGGGAUACUGUCAGAAGGAAACUUGGAUUACAUAGAACAGACAAUGUAAUUUUUCACAGUAA